UGGCCGGAGGCGGCUCCUUCUUCUUCUUCUUCUGUGCCGCCGCCGCAGCGCCCGGGAGGGAGGGAGAGGAGCAGGCGAGCGAGAGGCAGCCCGAGCCGGCCGUGGCUUCUGCGCCUCGCUCGGGCGAGCUCGAUGGCUGCGCCGUCCUCCCGCUGAGGGGCGGCGUCCCGGGAAGCGCCGCGGAGCCGGCAUGUGGGGCCAGGCCCAGUUCGAAGAGCCCCGGCAUCAGGUCCACAAGCAGCCAAUAGUGGGACAAUGGAAGCCACUUGCAACCAUGAGAGAACAGGAGCUGCAGCACUUGGAACCUCCUGGCAAGGACUGUGGCAGUGGGGAUGAGAACCAGUCCAUGGCUCAGCUCAGCGUCUCCCGCUUGCGCAGUUCCUCUGUGGAGAUCCGUGAGAAGGGGUCAGAGUUCCUGAAAGAUGAGCUCCACAGAGCUCUGAAGGAGCUGAAGUUAAAAGAUGAAGAAUGUGAAAGGCUUUCCAAAGUGAGAGAACAGCUGGAGCAGGAACUGGAAGAGUUAACAGCAAGCUUGUUUGAGGAAGCACAUAAGAUGGUUCGGGAAGCAAACGCCAAACAGGCGGCAUCAGAGAAACAGCUGAGGGAAGCACGAGGGAAGAUUGACAUGCUGCAGGCAGAAGUGACAGCCCUGAAGACUCUGGUGAUAACAUCCACCCCUUCCUCUCCAAACCGGGAGCUGCACCCCCAGCUCCAAAGCCCCUCGAAAACAGCCUUCAGGAAAGGGCAUGGGCGCAACAAAAGCACCAGCAGCGCUGUUGUCACUGCAACAAACCAGAGCACCUCCUCGGAGCCAAUUGGCAGUGAGUUCAAAGAGUCUGGGGUGCCCACUCUCCUCUCCCUGCUUCUCUGUAUCGUCCCUGCGAAGGCUAUCCACAUCACCUAUGAGCCAGGCUGGCAGUCCCUGGCAACAGACGCUUCCUUCUCUUCUGCUCCCUCACGGCAGGUGGAUUCCAUCUUGUUUGCAGAAUUCCAGGCUUGGAAGGAGUCUCCAUCUUUGGAUAAAUCAUGUCCAUUUCUGGAGAGAAUAUACCAGGAAGAUGUGGGGCCUUGUCUAGACUUCACCAAGCAUGAGCUGUCAGAGUUGGUUCAGGAAGCCGUGGAGCAGAACACACUCACCAUUGAACCAGUGGCUACCCAGACUCUUCCUGUGGUGAAGGUGUCGGCCAUUGAGUGUGGUGGACCAAAUGGGUUCCGGUCCCAAAUUGUAACGAAGUGUGCUCUGAGUGGCCUUUCCCGUGCGUGCAGACAUCGCAUCAAACUAGGGGACUCUGGGAAUUAUUACUACAUUUCUCCUUCCUGCAGGGCUAGGAUUACAGCAGUUUGCAACUUCUUCACCUACAUCCGCUAUAUCCAGCAGGGACUGGUAAGGCAAGAUGUGGAACUGAUGUACUGGGAAAUCAUGCGGCUCAGGAAAGAAAUGUCCCUUGCCAAGCUGGGGUUCUAUUCCAGUGAGAUGUAGCUUGGCACCGCCAAUCUUGAAGGGUGUCACCAUACAUACAGAUGGUUUGGUGUAGCAUCUCUGCUACGACUGGAAGCUGGCAAAUGCAAUGAGAAGACCAAAGGAGCGCCAAUUUCCCCUGUGAAAUCAUUUGCUGCUUUCUGAGUACACCUUCAAAAUGCAGAUUUGCCCAGCAACUUCUAGAUCUUUGGAACAAUGAAGUGAGAUUACCCAUGGAAUUCUUUUUCUAUGCAUUGUGCAGCCCACCCUAUGUCUAGUAUUCGUGAACUAUUUGCUUUUGCAGUUGUAAGAGCCAUGCACCGAACUACGCUCCUGUUGAUCCUGCAUGCUGCUUGGAGUUACAAGUGUAACUGGGAAUUCCCACAUGAAGGAAAGAAAGGGUUGAGCUGUAAUGCCCAGCGUGUUGCUCCAGCUGUUGCUGGGGGGAGGGGCACUCUACAAAGGCUAGCCCUGCACAGUGACCUUGCUUUAUAGCCACCAAGUGGGUGUUCUUCCAGUGUUUCCCAGACCUCCGUCUUCUGAGGAGCCUGCAAGAUUCAGGCUGGAGAGGCAGAGUCACAAAGAAUGCUUUUCAUUCUGUUUAUAACUCAGGGUUUGCCGUUUUGGUUGUAUAACAGAUCCCAUACUUGACCCUGUGAAGGCAGGCAUGUAUUCUGGGCCAAACCUCUGACUGGAGCCUCAGUCAUGAUGCAAGAAGGAGGAAGUUGCAUAACAACGGGUGUCCCACAACUAUGUAGAGGUCAGUGGCCUGAGGCUGCAGAUGUUUUUUUCCCAUGGUCCAUUGGGGAAACUUGACUGCCAUGUUGGCUCUCCAAGAAGCAGCCUCCAUCUACUGACAUCACCGU